UAAAUCCAUAUACCAAAUCCACUUCCUUUGUAAUAUCUAAACUGGGAAAUCAAGAACCGCUGGCAGUCCUUCUUGAAUUGAUAAAAUGUCGAACCAAACAUCCCAGAAAGAUGACUUGGAUGCCGGAACCAGCCUGUUGUACCCAUUAAUGCAGGAAAGCCCGAAGCUCCGGUGGGCUUUUAUUAGAAAAGUUUAUUCAAUAAUUAUUGUUCAAUUGCUUGUCACCAUUGCUGUUGCUUCUGUCGUGGUAACUGUUCAUCCCAUUGCUGCCUUCUUUUCCACCACCCGGAUUGGCCUGGCAAUAAACAUUGUCAUCAUUUUAAUUCCUCUUAUUGUUUUGUGCCCCCUAUACUUUUAUCAGCGGAAGCAUCCAGUCAACUUCUUUCUGCUCGGGAUCUUCACGGUGGCUUUUGGUUUUGCAUUGGGCGUCGUUUGUGCUUACUACAGUGGGAAAGUUAUUCUAGAGACAAUUAUCCUAACGGCAGUGCUGGUUAUUAGUCUCACUAUAUACACAUUCUGGGCAGCAAAGAGAGGUGAAGAUUUCAAAUUUCUACCGGCAUUCAUAUUUGGAUCUCUUAUUGUGCUGCUGCUGUUUAUUCUGAUUCAGAUCUUCUUCCCUCUUGGUAGCCUCUCCGUGACGAUAUAUGGAGUUCUCAUUUCGAUAGUAUUCUGUGCGUACAUUAUUUACGACACCAAUAAUCUGAUCAAGCGAUUCUCUUUUGAUGAGUACAUUUGGGCUUCUAUUUCCCUGUAUCUUGAUGUCCUCAACCUCUUUCUGUAUCUGUUGGAUGUUAUUAAAGCUAGAAAUUAGGUGGUGUUUUUGUCAAUUUUGCUAUUCCACUUCAAUCCGAAUGUACAAUUUGAAUCUUUUCUAUUAACUGAAGCAAUAAGAUUGCUCAUUUGUUAAUUAUUGCUGUCAUAUUGUAAUUGUGGAAUUUCAUCGAUUCAAAGUUACGACUUUGACAAUAGGUGUCGUUCAAAAUCUUGUUGGAAUGGCUAAUUAUAUUAUACACUUAUCUUCUUGAUCA